AUGCCGUCCUCAGCCUUGCCAGAGGGAGGUGCAUCAAGCUCGGCAGGAUCCAAGUUGUACAUCAAUCUUCGCAAACAGGUCAAAUACCUGCUCAUUGGCGGAGCAGGCGUGUGGUACUGGCAAACGUACAGCCAUUGGUCGGACUGCUGGAACGGCGGUGGAUGGCCAGGGUGAGUGGUGCGCGCGCAAGUGGUGUGCGCAAAGCGCUGCACGGAUCAAGGGACGACAGCGGCGCAAAAGCAGUGAUUGUGUCGCCUCUUUCUCGCUCACCGCACCCUUCAUCGUCUAUUGUUACUGCUCGCAGCACUUUGGCACUGUUGGCCGCUGUGCAAUUGACCGCCACUGUGCUCAUCUUUAGCUACCUGAUGCUCGUAUCUGCGAGCGGCAAUGCUCCCGAUGUGAGUACCUACAGCGUAGCCAAGAAGGGGGCCUACACGCGCGCUCUGUGUGCUAUCACAUGCUGAAAGAUGAAGAGCACCCCAUAUCGCCUGGAUCAUCCGUCACAGUACCAGAGAUGGCAGACUGAUGCGUUGUUGAAGAAUAUCAUUCCGCUGCUCACCCUGUGUCUGGUUGGCGGUUACUUGAGCUUGGCGUUAUCCAUCAGUCCAGCCGUAGCGUGAGUUCAGAAGCAUGUCAACAUUGUAGCCCCGUCUCGAAGCAGGCAAGCCCCAUCUCAUCAGAGGCGAACGCUGAUCGGCUACAUGCUGCACCUGCUGUCCCCUCAUCACAACUCAGCCCUGCCCCACCUUCCGAUGCUCUGUCUUCGAGGCUGCUGGAUGCCGCAAAUUCGCUGGGAGCGAAUCUGUCCACAGCGCGCGCAGGCGCACAGCUUCUGCUUUCGGACCUGACUCGGACAUUGGGCUUGAAGAGCUCCUCCAUUCCUGCUCCCUCGACAUCCUCGUCCAUCGCUUCCAAGCUAUCCACCUUCCGCUUUCGAGGAUCAGCCUUCUCUUCAUCAGACAGCGGGACAGAUCUGGAUGUUUCUUCCCUCUUGAAAGCCCUGAGGGUUCCAGAUGGAGAAGCGCUGGCUGCUCGGCUAGGUGUCGACCCAACGCUGUCCAAGACGCUCCUGAGCAAUCUGGAUAGAGCUCAAAGAAGAGCUCAAAGGUGGAAGAUGGAGAAUAUUCGGACGAUCGGUUGGGUAGGAGCUUUUGCGGGAUCUGCUAGCGUCUACUUUUUAGCUUUGGGGGCCGUUGGCUUCGUCGGUGCUUUUGCUGGACCUGCCAAAAGACUGGGAAGAAGGGGAAAAGACAGGCAGGCUUGA